AGGAUCAGUGAAGUUAAAACAAACAUCCACAUUGAAAUCAUUCGAAAUCAUUCAGAAACAGGAUCCAGUGAAGUUAAAACAAACAUCCACAUUGAAAUCAUUCAAAAAAGGAUCUGUUUAAUAUAAAAAAAACACCUAAAUUGAAAUCAUUCAAGAAAAAUAAAGGAUCUGGUCGUGUUAAAACAAACAAACAAACACACACACACAACCUAAUCUUAUCAUCAGAAGAACUGUUAUAUUAAUAUUUAAAACAGAAUAUAAUAGAGGGAUUUUCAAUUAAAGCGGGAAUUCGAACAACAGAAUAAACAGGAAUAGUAUUUUUUUUUUAAAAAAAUAUUCAUACAGAGUCAUUGAUAAGACAUCCGUUCAGAAGGCGGAAAUAUGUCAAGUUGGCAACGUCUUUCUGGAUAUUUAAAUUCGAAACCGACUGGACCUCCGCUUGUGAAUAAUGCAUCGGAUAUUGCAGCAUAUUUUGAAUCUGCAUUCAAAAGAUUAAAAGGGAUUCAACGUCACUGGUAUGUAUUUGAAGAGUCUACAUUGAAAUUAAUGGCUUAUCGUAAUGAAAUGGAUGCAGCUAUUCCAGAUAAAGAACCAUUGAAAAUAAUCAAUAUUCAUGGAGCUGUAUUUCAUAUUGAUCCUGCUGAACAUAAUCAAUUUAGUAUUAUGUCAGAUGGAAAAGAACAUAUUCUUCAAGCAGAAACAGAAGAUGCUAUGCUGUUAUGGCUUCAUGCUUUACAGACAAGAAGAAACGAAGCUGUACAUGCAAGUGAAUCUGACAGUUCAUCUCCUAAUGAUGAUAGUUUAACAGAUUAUAAAUUAUUUCGUCAAAAUUCUUUAAUGAAAAUGCAAAUGUCAAUACCAACAAGAUUAUCACCAAUUAUAUCAUCGGAUUCAAAUGAAUCUUCAUUGAAUGGAUCUAUGAGAACACGUAAAACAAGUAUGAAAAUGAAUAAAUUAAUAAAACAAGAAUCCAUCGAUCAAAUAAAUGAUCAUUAUUCAUUAACCGAUCAAUCAACUAAUCUAUUUCAUUCAUCAUGGAUAUCUCCAAUAGAUAGUACAAUGAAUAAUGAAACAACAAAACGUUUAUCUUAUAAUAGAUCAAGUUCCUAUGAUUCAGAUAUAGUGAAACAACAUGUAAAUGAGUUUAAUUUUAAUGAAAAAUAUAAUAAAACAAUAACAAGAUCAAAUAGUUCUUUACAUUAUCGUAUAGAUCAAUCACCAAAAGGGAUCUAUCAUCAUCAUCAUCGUAAUUUAAUGAAUUUACCAAUAGAAGAAGAAGAAGCUGAGAAUGAUGAUUAUUCAAUGAAUGAAAAAUUAUAUUAUAAUCGUAAAUUAUCAAUGAAACUAAAUGGAGAGAAUGGUAGUCAAUUGAGGACAACAAUGAAAGUACUAGACAAUGUAUCAGAAAAUAAAUGCCAAGUAAAUAAUCAAAAAGAAGAACUGAUAUCACAAAACAGUCUGAUUGGGAAUGAUUCAAACCUAGUUGGAGAGAUCAAUGGAGAAUCUAGAAAAAUUUCGAGCGCCAAUUCCACCGCGUCUAACGAAUUUAAUCAAAUUGAAAAAGAAAAUUACAGCAUGAUACCAAGAAAUGAUAAUAAAUUUUUCGGUGAUUCAGAAAUGAUUGAAGGUCCUCAAGAAUCAUCUGAACGACAGUAUCCAGGACAACAAAUAUCAACUGGUGAAUAUUUAACAAAUCAAUUAUCAGCUAAAUAUCAAAGUUCAAUAAUACUACAAAAUCCUCGAACAUUUAGUGAUAGUGAUAUUGAUUUAGAAAAUGAGUUAUCACCAAAUGACUAUAUAAGAGAAUUAAAAGCUCAACUACAAUCAGCAUUAGAUCGUGAAGCAUCAUUACGUCAAAUGUUAUCUAGUCGUGAAGCUGGUAUGCGUGAAAUUGAUCAAAAAGUAGAAAAUAUUGAGAAUAAAGAAGUGAAAGAUAAUUCAAUAUUCAAACUACCCAAAAAUAUUUCAGCAAAUAAACUAAGAGAUAUGAUUGAAGAUUAUGAACAAAAACAAAGAAUUCUGAAUAGAAAGAAUCAAUUCUUGAUUACAGAAAUUCGUGAAUUAGCUUCCAUCAAGUAUAUGUUCACAGAUCAUUCAAAUAAAAUGUCCAAAUACAUUCAACGUUUAAACAUGGAAGGAUUUAAAUGGCGACGUGAAUAUGUUAAACUAUUACAAGCAUGUCUUGGUGCUACACAAACAGAUCCACAUCAUCGAUUAAUGUUUAGUGAUUAUGGUAAAGAUCGAUAUAAAAAUUUAAUCAGUGAACUAUUGGAUGAAGCAAGACGUAAAGAUCCAAGUUUACCAACAAUGAUUAAACCAAAAACUGCAGAUUAUCAUGUGGAUUUUUAUGGAUUCAAGCAUAGUUAUUUAAAUGAAACCAGUAUUAUUCAUUAUAGUUGUCAACAACUAUAUGACUUUUAUACACGUCAAUUAUCUGGUGGGGAUGAAAAUUUCUAUCGUUGGACUGAACUUUUAACCCAAGCAAAUAGAGAAUUGACAAGAGCUGAUUUAGAAGUUCUUUGUCGUUCUGGUAUACCUAUUCCAUAUCGUGAAGGUGUAUGGCGUAUGUUAAUUCAUGGUGAAUUACAUCAAUUAAUGCAAAUUAAGGGACCAUUGUAUUAUAAUGGACUUUUAGAAGAAUUCAGUGAAAAUACACUUGCAGCUCAACAUAGACGUCAAAUCUCACUUGAUUUAUUGAGAACUAUGCCAAAUAAUGUACAAUUUGAUAAUAUUGACGCGCCUGGGGUACAAAAACUUCAAGAAGUUUUACAAGCUUAUAGUAUACAUAAUUCUAAAAUUGGUUAUUGUCAGGGUAUGAAUUUUAUAGCAGCUGUUGCAUUGUUAUUCUUAAGAAAAGAAGAUGCUUUCUGGUGUUUAAUUGCUAUAUUGGAACGAUUUUUACCGGAGAAUUACUUUAAUUCUGGUUUAAUUGAUGCACAAGUUGAUCAACUUGUAUUAAAAGAAAUAGUAAAUGAAAAACUACCACGUCUAUCAUCACAUUUAAAACGACUGGGUAUUGAUAUAUCUGCAGUGACAUUAAAUUGGUUUUUAGCUGUAUUCUAUGAUUCUGUACCAUUUGAAACAUUGAUACGAAUUUGGGAUGUGUUUCUUCUAGAAGGUUCAGAAACAUUGUUUCGAUUUGCAGUGGCAAUUCUUAAACGUAAUCAAGAUAUGCUAUUGGAACAAAGUGAUACAAUCAGUUUUUGGAAAUGUCUUAAAGCAGCAACUCGAUUAACCAAUGAUGUUGAUGGAUUAAUUAAAACAGCUUUUGAAGAACUGCGACCAUUUCCUAAACCUCAACUUAUUGCAACUCGUCGUGCUUAUCAUUAUGAAAUAUUAAGUAAAAAAAUGUCUAUAAAAAAAGGAUAUUGGCAAAAUGUUAUGAAAGAAUCACCGGAUGAAUUUAUUGAGAAUCAAAAUCACAUUCAUUACAAACGACCUACUAAAGAAAACCAAGCUGUAGUUCAAGCAAUCACGUUUUAUGAUAAUGAGCAUUUGUGGAUUUGUCAUGGUGAUAAAUCAUACAGCCAAAUUUCAGAAGUUGUUGUCACAUCAAACUGUAUGCAAAGUAUCGGUUAUGAAUUGGAAUCUCGUGUCAGUUGUAUAUGUGCAUUCAGUAAUGAAAUUAUUCUACUUGGUAUGAUGUCUAAACAAUUAUGUGCUUAUUCAGUGAUACAAAAUUCGAAAAUUUGGCAAAUUCCAAUUCAUGACAGUGUCAGUGAUUUAACUUUUGCAUACUUUUUACAUGAUCAUACUAACAAAGUUUAUGCUGGUUUAACAAAUGGUGAAUUAGUUGUUAUUGAAAAUAUUGGCUUUGAAGAACCACGUGAUUCUAUAUAUUACAUUACUAUUAGUUUUAUUCCAAUAUCAUCUGUACUUUUGGCAAAGAAUCAAUUAUGGUGUGCAAGUGGUAGUUCUAUAUUCAUUUUUCAUGCUAAAACAAUGGAUUAUUAUAAACAAAUUAGUAUAUCUAAUAAUCCAUUAGAUGUAAUAUUAAAAAUAUGUCUUGGUGAUAAUGGUGUUUGGAUUGCAGUACGUGGUAGUUCAGUUAUUGAAUUAUGGGAUCCAGAUCGAUUGAUACGUAUACUUUUAUUCAAUAUUGUUAAUGAAACGUAUUUAAGUCGGAGACCAGAAGAAGAGUACACAUUUAAUCCUCAACGAGUCACUGUAAUACUUCCCUAUGAUAAUACAUUAUGGAUUGGUACAGGAAUGGGUGAAGUUUUAGUUUAUCAAAUUCGAACUUAUCAAAAAACAGAAAAUAGAAAAAGUUUCGAAGGUAAUGUUCAAAUGACCAAACAUAAACGUUCAAUGUCAUUAAAAGAUGAUUUACAACUGAAUGAUGAAACAACAUUGAAAACGUUAUCGAAAUCUACACGUUAUCCAUCAAAUCCUGAUAUUAGUCAUGUACCGAACAAGGAUCCAGAACCAUUAUUUUAUCCAUUACGUCAAAAUUCAUUAAUAUUAGAAUAUGCAAUUGAUUCAAGUCAUAUAUAUGAAUUACAAAAAAUUGUACGUAGUAAAGUAGCUGAAACUCCUAUACGUUAUUUAGUUAUGAAAAAAAUUACAGAUAGCCAUGCACUGAUUAUUUCAUGUUCAACAUAUUUCAAUGAUGAUGAUGCUGUACUUAAAUGGCAACGUGAUAUUAAUAAUGGUUCAAUUUGGACAAAUGAACCAAUUUAUGUAUUUGAUCGUGAAAGUCGUUCACUUCGAUUACCAGCUUAUAUGCGUAAUAGUUUAUGCUUACAAAUGCAUAAUAAAAAAUCAAUUAUUAUGAAUUAAACUUUAUAUAAAUACAAGUACAUCUUAUCAUUGACACACACACACAUACAUACACACGCACUUUGGAACAAGAUUUUCCCAUUUAAAUAAUAAUAAUUAUAAUAAUAAAACAAACUCCCCAUGUUUUGUGUUUUUGUAUCCAGGAUAACAAUUUUGUACAUAAUUAUUAUUUUUUAUUAUCAAAAAUCAAUUAAAAAUCAAUAAAGUGCUAUAAAACACACUUUUUUUAAAAAAAAAAUAAUAAUAAUAAAUAAUACACAAUAUUAAACUACAUUUAUAUAUGAAUUCAUGAUUCAAUUCAAACUAGACCAUCAUAGGAAACCUGGAAGUACUAGAAGACUGUUUCAUCCUAAUAUUUGAUUUCUUAGAAGUACCGAUUGUGAUGGCACAAUUUUGUGGAUUGAUUAAAGUUAGACAUUAUUACUAUUAGAUACUGGCUCAAUAGUCUAGAGGUUGAACGGUCACCAAUGUGAGAUUGAUAAGUUUUAAGCUAGAAUCUUACAGGAUGGAAUCAUGGAUACGCAUUGAUACUGAGGAAUCUUAUAUUAGAAUGAAAUGGCUUUUUGAAGCUUCCAGGUUUUCUAUGGUAGUCUAGAUUGAAUUGAUUCAUGAAUUCAACUAUCUAAUUACUAUAAUAUACACAAAAAGCUCUCUUUGAAUAUUUGAAUGAAUUUAAUAAAUAAGUUUUCCCGGUUGCACAAUUUUGUUAUUUUUUAAGAAAAAAAAAGUUUUUUUCUCUUUUCUCUUUUUUUUCUUUUCUGUUUUUUUUAUGAAUUUUUUUAAUGGUUUAUUGGUUGUUUUCUUUUUUUUUCUUUUCUUUUUGUUUACUUUUAAUUUCUCAUGUUUAUUCAUAAGAACUUAAAUGAUUUCUAUAUGACAAGAUUUAAAUAAUAAAAAAAAUUAUGUUAAAUUCACUUGGUGCUGUUUUCCUUUUUUUU